CUUCCCUCCGACGGUCACACUAAAUUAAUAAAUGACAAUUCAAGCAAGAGAAAAUUUCGAUUCCUGAAUUGCAUCGAACCGACUACGUUAAGGAUUGCAAACAACUGGAGAUCCGCUCAAGUAGCCCGGAAGCUGCCCACGCCAGUACUCAUAAGUACGGGUCGAGACAGAAACCCUGAAGUGUAGCAACAAUUGUUAUUUUCCGUCUGGCCUGUGGUGUGGGGGGACACAAAGUCAGCCGCAGUCGGUUUUUAAUUAAAUUAAAGGGGAAAACCGAUACACCAGCGAGCGGAUUGACGUUGAGGCUCGCUGUUCGAUGGUUUUUAUACGCGAUCCCUGUGGCAUUGCCUGUCUGGUGAUGACUUACGGCGCUGUACUUUAUGCUGACUAUGUGGUCAUUCGUUGGAUUAUCCUCACCACUAUGCCCGGAAGCAUUUGGACCUCGUUCCAUGUUGUGCUCUUCAACACGGUCGUCUUCCUAUUGGGCAUGUCCCACACCAAGGCCGUCUUCUCAGACCCAGGCAUCGUACCCCUGCCCGCCAACCGCUUGGACUUCUCGGAUCUGCACACCACGAGCAAGAACAAUCCAGCAGGCAACGGACACAGCAGCGAAUGGACAGUCUGCACUCGCUGUGAGACCUAUCGACCGCCGCGGGCCCACCAUUGCCGAAUCUGUAAACGAUGCAUCCGCCGCAUGGAUCACCACUGCCCCUGGAUUAAUAAUUGCGUCGGCGAACGCAAUCAAAAGUAUUUCCUACAGUUUCUCAUUUACGUGGCCAUUUUAUCGCUUUACUCCUUGGGCCUCAUUGUUGCCUCUUGGGUGUCGCCCUGCGAGGAAUGCAACCAGAAUGUGAUUGAGUCACAGUUGAGAAUAACUGUAGUUUGUACCUUCCUUUGCAGGAUUCACUCUGUCAUCUUGAUGCUGGUGUCGGCUUUGUUCGGGCUCUUUGUUACCGCAAUUAUGGUCGAUCAACUGCAUGCCAUACUGUACGAUGAGACGGCUGUCGAGGCGAUACAGCAGAAGGGCACCUAUCGACCAAACCGACGCAAAUAUCAGCUGCUGGCCGAUGUGUUUGGACGUGGUCACCCCGCACUGUGGCUGCUGCCGUGCACCAGCUUGAACCACGCCUCCCGCUACCACGACACGCCCCUGCUUAGCCACGAUGUCUAGGCCGUGUGUGUGGUCGUGUGUGAUACGCAUAUGCACACCCUAUUAUAGCCUUCCGUAUUGAAGUCCCUCCUUUUGUUUAUGCAUGAAUUGUGUGCUUUUUGUGCGUGCGUAGCCUCAGAGUGUUUAAGUUUUUAAUUUUCGUGUGAUUUUUUUAAGUAGUCCAGCACCUUGAACGUUAACCUACAGGAAGUCAAACCAAACCGAUUCCAGUUACGGGAUAUGUAUUAUUCGCAGAUUCCGGACUUAAUUUAUGCUCUAUUUUAUUAUCAAUUGAAAUUAUAAAUAUAUGUAGAUGAAGCAGGAGAGCUGAGACAGGGAGGGAGCAGCAGCAUACUCAAGACAGGUGCGGAUAUUUUAUACAUUACUUUUUGCAAUUGCUUAGAUCUGCGUAGAUAUACACCAAUGUGGAUGAGAAUCAAUGGAAUCUUCGGCAAACCGAAGUCUACACAGUCCCUGAAACCCUUGCCGAUCUUAUUUUUGUUUUCUGAGCCCUGAGAAAAUCACUUUUGUAUAAACUAUGAUAAAGCGAUCGUCUGCUUUACUUGUUUUUACAAAUUAUACGGGAAGACAGGAGCUUGGAAGCUGGAAGCAGGGGUAUGGGUAUGGCAUCUUAAACAGAGCAUUUAAUAUAAAACCGAAAACCGAAAAGUAGUGCAUAUACCAAAAACCAAACAAAAAAACCAUUUAUACAUUAUACAUAUGUGUGUACGAGUAUAGCUUGGGCGGCAAAAUGUGCAGUAAUAGUUCGUAUUAAAUGUAAUCUACUUUAAGGAUUAGUUUACAUAAAUGUAAGGCAACAACUUUUGUUUUUAUUCAAGUUUAUUUUCCCUCCAUUUCGAUUUCUUUCAUCAUCAUCACUUUACUGGAUGCAAGGCCUGAAACUCUCAAGUGUUUUAGUUGUAACACGAAACCCAAUUGAGAUUUUCCUCGUGAGCAUUUUCCAAUAAAUCUACCGAUACU